GAAUAUUUGUUAUUGUUGUUGAGGCAGUCAUCAAAAGCUUUUGCAUGCUCAUGUGAAGCAGGACAAUAAACAGGCGAGAUGAAAUAUAUAGUUCGGUUUUGGUUUUGGACGCGCAUAAUUUAUACAAGAAAAGAAAGUAUGAAUUUACUGUGGCACGCUAUCGCUAGUGCAGCCCCAUGGUACACGUUGCGCGUGCUUUGGCAUGACAAGUAGUCGGAAAUGGG